CCCAGCAGAGAACUGUGACGGCUGAAACAGUCACAGUGGUGCCACUCGCAUCUUGGGAGCCAAACUGCUAACUUUCAAGCAGCUUAUUUGGAUGCAAAAGAGCCAUGGCAUUGAGGAUUGUACCCUGCGUCCUCUUUGGGAGUCUGUUCUCCUACUUGGUGAAUGUAUCAAUCGUGCCAGUGGGGGGCGAUAGAGUGCAUCAGAAGCCACGGUUCCUUGGUGUCAGAAGUGGGAGCGCCAUCAGCAUGUUCUGCUACAUAUCACUGGGUAAUCAUACCAAUGAGGUGCAGUGGGUAAAAACCCUGAAGCACGAUGCCAGUGAUGAGGUGCUUGUCACGGAGAGUGACACUGUGAAAUUCAAAGGCUCAGUCAAGGACAACAACAGCACCAUCACCAUCGUGGGGGUCAGGAGUGAACACAGUGGAAUUUACUUCUGCAAAUAUGAUUCCGUGAAAGGCCCUGGCUCAGAACUUCUGGUAUACAGUAGUUUAAAACCCGAAGAUGCUUUGAAAAAGAGCAAGAUGAAGGAUGCCAUCAUUUUGAUCCAAACCUUUCUACUGGUGCUGUGCAUCCUUGUCCCACUCUUGUGGUUUAAAUACAAAGGGAAAUCAGAAGAUCGAGACUAUGAGGAACCUGAAGAUGAUCAUACAUAUGAGGGGCUGGAGAUCGAGCAGUGCGCUAUGUACGAAGACAUUAUGACGUUGCGCCAGACGCCUGAAACUGCCUGGGAACAAGGAGAGCACCCCUGCCAGGAGUGAGGGUGAAGCCUUUGAAUGCGGCGAGAUCCUGAACAGGACGCCACCCAACAGUUUAAAAACCUCCCCCCUGUGUUGCGUGCAACUCUGACUCCCAGCCUUUGCCCUUGUACAUCUGAGGUGGAUGCGGUUUUUGCUGUGUCUCAGCCACCCCUCUGCUGCACAAAACGGGCUGUAAUUUACCCAGAAGUAAAUAACAGAAUCUAUUUCUUUCACAUCCAACAAGGUGCAUGGAACACACUGACAGGGCAGUAGGUUUCCAUUUUAUCAUUCACUGUACAUGAUCACAAAGGAGGGGAAGUUGAGCAAACAGAACAGGUGGUUUCCUGUGGGGCAUGGCUGGAUUAAUUUCAUUACAUGCCCUGCAGGGCUGGUUGAGAUACACCACCUUAAUUACGUUGUAGCAGUGUAACUCCACCUUAGACACAUACUGUACACAAAACUGUGCACUGCAUAUAUGCACUAUCUAUAUUGUACACACAUUAUGGUUGCCACUGGAACAUAGGUGCAUAAAAAUCGUAUUGGCGCAGAUACAUAUUAUUGUUUAUAAUGAAACAUCCUCUUAUCCUGCAGUGUAGGGAAUAAAUGCAACACUGCUGGAAAAUCUAAUGUUACUGAAUAGACUUCAAAGAGCACUUGUGCCUUUUUUCAGUUUAUUUCAAAGCUUUCUGGAUGGCCUGUUUUUUUUUUUCUCUGCUCUAUCUGGAGAGUCGGGCCAUAAUUUAACUAUUGUUAAUAACUAACGGGGUGGGGGGUGAAUUCCAUAUUAACCAUGAUUGAAUAGUUCUGCAAUAACUUUCUGGGCAGACCUGCGAUGUGAUUAUUUUCAUACAGAGGGAAGAAAUGAUGUAAAAAUGUCUUCUGCUGAGUUAUGGCACAGCACUAGAACUGAGGUUGCAGGGAUGACCGGGACCAAACUCUGUGUGCUUGAAAUCACACAGUGGACAGGUGGCCAGUUUUUUCUCCACUUCUUUGUGAUGUAUACUGUAAUUCCCUCCCCACUGCGGACCCACACAAGAAAAGGAGAUGGAGAACAGUAAAAUUGCCCUCCUCCUUUCCUGUUCUUGUUAUAUAUAUAGUCCAGCCCUCGACUCACCCAGUUCUGCAUGGCUGAACCCUCCCCUGAUGUCUCCGAGGGUGAGAGCUGCAGCUAGCCUUCAGUGCAGUGCAGACCCAGCCAGUUUCCUCUCCCCUCCUCUCUCUCACCAUGGCGGUGCCUCUGCAGAUAUCAGUCUAAAGCUGGCCGCUCAGCUGAGCUUCGCUGAGUAGCUGAGUUCACACCUCUUCUUUGACAUCAAUAGGACUUUGACUCAAGGACUAUUGAGUGCUGUAUCAUAAAUUUUGAGUGUUAACUAAUAACUAAUUUACUACUAAACUAGCCAGUCCAUUUCCCUAUUAGCAUUAAUAGUCUUGCUUUGUGUUUUGGUGCUCAGUACUUUCAGUGAUGAAGCAACCUAAUACCUAAUAGCAACCUAAUAGCACAGACAAAUGUAAUAAAGGAGCACUAGAUAGACCCUCCUGUGCUCUCGAGCGACGUCUUUGUGGCAUACUGCGCACAGAAUCUAUCCCACUGCUCCCCAGAAUCCUCUUUCUCCUGCUCUACACAAUAUAGAAGAAUUGUGUCAUCUACCUCUUAAGACAAACUGUAUCAUUAGCUGUAAUUACAUAUCAUUUGCGUCACGAUAAAUUUCUGGGCAUUGGAGGUGUGGGAAAAUUAAAGUGCUGCAAGAGAGACGUCACUCAGAGACGAGGCUCCAGUCAUUCACCACUGAGGGCCAAAGCAUAAUAAAUCCAGCUGAUGGCAUGGAAUAUUAAUACUAAUAUUAAUAAUCAAUAUUAACAAAGAAGUAGACUGGACAGCAGUCACAUUUAGAGAUGUAAUGGUGCUCAGAGGCCCUUAAGAGAACAUCUGUUCAUCCAUAUUUGUGUUUGUAGAUCAUUGAUUUCAUUUUGGGGAAGGAUUUUCUGUUUUUUUUUGUGUGUGUAGCUGUCCUGUUCUGUACGUCAGUGAGUGAGGAACGCUGGCUGUGGGGAAUAGAUGAAGUAUCACAGCAGAGAUAUCACAGCAGAGCUUUCAGAUACAAGAUCCGCCUGUUCAUCUGGUGCUUCGUGGGGUUACAGGAACAAAGCUCCUGUGACAUUUGAAUGCGACUGGUUUUGUGUUUUUUAAUGUCACAGAACCCCUACGAUGGAAUUGUUUUCUCAUAAGUCACCCUCACAAGCCAACACAUGAUUCUAUAUAUGAAAACUAAAGGGUGUCACAAGAAAGAAAAAUGAGUCAGCCGGUGGUCUAAGAUGGCUUUUUUUGUAUGCUUUGAAUUCAAUAUGUCUGGUUCAGUGGUGUUAUUCAUGGGUCAGUCGAAUUCUUUUAGUGGGGCCAUGGGAAACUGCGACGCCUGCCUAUUGUGUCUUCACCUGAAGUUCAGACAUCAUGUUUGCCAGUUCUGCUGGAUGCUUGUUCAAAACGCCA